AGGUCGGAACAGUAGCAAAGGGCUGCCUCAGCCUACGGUUUCUUUUGAUGGAAUCUAUGCAAACGUGAGGAUGGUUCAUAUACUUACAUCAGUUGUUGGAUCGAAAUGUGAAGUACAAGUGAAGAAUGGUGGUGUCUAUGAAGGAGUUUUUAAAACAUACAGUCCUAAGUGUGAUUUGGUACUUGAUGCUGCACAUGAGAAAAGUACAGAAUCCAGUUCGGGGCCAAAACGCGAAGAAAUAAUGGAGAGUAUUUUGUUCAAAUGCUCAGACUUCGUUGUAGUACAGUUUAAAGAUACAGACUCCAGUUACGCACGAAGAGCCGCUUUACUGCCUUAUGCGUCUGUGGAGUCUCAGCCUGGAGAGUGGUUGGCAGACGGGCACAGUCCACAGAGUGUGAUUGUGUCAGUUGAGCGGCUGCCCUGCAGAGCCAGAGAUGCUUUUACCGACUCUGCUGUCAGCGCCAAAGUGAAUGGUGAGCACAAGGAGAGGGACCUGGAACCCUGGGAUGCAGGGGAGCUCACAGCCAGCGAGGAGCUCGAGGCUCUGGAGAAUGACGUGUCUAAUGGAUGGGAUCCCAAUGAUAUGUUUCGAUAUAAUGAAGAGAACUACGGUGUAGUGUCCACAUACGAUAGCAGUUUAUCUUCAUAUACGGUUCCCUUAGAAAGGGAUAACUCAGAAGAAUUUCUGAAACGGGAGGCAAGGGCCAACCAGUUAGCGGAGGAGAUCGAAUCCAGUGCUCAGUACAAAGCCCGUGUGGCCCUUGAGAAUGACGACCGGAGCGAGGAAGAAAAGUACACGGCGGUCCAGAGGAACUGCAGUGAGCGCGAGGGGCAUGGCCCGAACACCAGGGAAAAUAAAUAUAUUCCUCCUGGACAAAGAAACAGAGAAGUCAUAUCCUGGGGAAGUGGGAGACAGAGCUCACCACGGAUGGGCCAGCCUGGACCAGGCUCCAUGCCAUCAAGAGCCGCUUCUCACACUUCAGACUUCAACCCGAACUCUGGUUCAGACCAAAGAGUAGUUAAUGGAGUUUUUAUACUUUCCUUCAUAUCAUUUGUUCUGUCAGGUGUUCCCUGGCCAUCGCCCUGCCCAUCUCCUUCCUCUCGCCCACCUUCUCGCUACCAGUCAGGUCCCAACUCUCUUCCACCUCGGGCAGCCACCCCUACACGGCCGCCCUCCAGGCCCCCCUCGAGGCCAUCCAGACCCCCGUCUCACCCCUCUGCUCAUGGUUCUCCAGCUCCUGUCUCUACUGUGCCUAAACGCAUGUCUUCAGAAGGCCCUCCAAGGAUGUCUCCAAAGGCACAGCGGCACCCUCGCAGUCACAGAGUCUCCGCGGGGAGAGGCUCCAUGUCUAGUGGCCUCGAGUUUGUAUCCCACAACCCCCCAAGUGAAGCAGCUGCUCCUCCAGUGGCCAGGACCAGUCCUGCAGGGGGCACGUGGUCCUCAGUGGUCAGUGGGGUUCCAAGGUUAUCUCCAAAAACGCACAGGCCCAGGUCUCCCAGGCAGAACAGUAUUGGAAACACUCCCAGUGGGGCUGUGCUUGCUUCUCCCCAAGCUGGCGUCAUCCCUGCGGAGGCCGUGUCCAUGGCUGUCCCCGCUGCGUCUCCCACUCCUGCCAGCCCUGCGUCCAACAGAGCUCUGACCCCGUCCAUUGAGGCUAAAGAUUCCAGGCUUCAAGAUCAGAGGCAGAACUCUCCUGCAGGGAAUAAGGAAAAUAUUAAAGCAAGUGAAACAUCACCUGGCUUUUCAAAAGCUGAAAACAAAGGUAUGUCACCGGUUGUUUCUGAACAUAGAAAACAGAUUGAUGAUUUAAAGAAGUUUAAGAAUGAUUUUAGGUUACAGCCAAGUUCUACAUCCGAAUCUAUGGAUCAACUUCUAAGCAAAAGUAGAGAGGGAGAAAAGUCACGAGAUUUGAUCAAAGACAAAAUGGAAGCAAAUGCUAAGGAUGCCUUUGUUGACAGCAGCAGCAGCACCUGUCCCAGUGGCAGCAGCAAGACCAACAGCCCUAGCAUCUCCCCUUCUGUGCUUAGUAACACAGAGCACAAGAGGGGGCCCGAGGUCACGUCCCAGGGGGUGCAGACUUCCAGUCCAGCCUGCAAACAAGAGAAGGAUGACCGAGAAGAGAAAAAAGACGCUGCUGAGCAAGUUAGGAAGUCAACCUUGAAUCCCAAUGCAAAGGAGUUCAACCCGCGUUCUUUUUCUCAGCCAAAGCCUUCUACCACCCCAACAUCACCUCGGCCGCAGGCGCAGCCGAGCCCGUCAAUGGUUGGGCACCAGCAGCCAGCUCCAGUGUACACCCAGCCUGUUUGUUUUGCACCAAAUAUGAUGUAUCCGGUCCCAGUGAGCCCAGGCGUGCAGCCUUUAUACCCAAUACCUAUGACGCCCAUGCCGGUGAACCAAGCCAAGACAUAUAGAGCAGGUAAAGUACCAAAUAUGCCCCAACAGCGGCAAGACCAGCAUCAUCAAAGCACCAUGAUGCACCCUGCCUCAGCGGCAGGCCCCCCCAUUGUAGCCACCCCACCCGCUUACUCCACUCAGUACGUCGCCUACAGCCCUCAGCAGUUUCCCAAUCAGCCUCUAGUUCAGCAUGUGCCACAUUAUCAGUCUCAGCAUCCCCACGUGUACAGCCCUGUCAUACAGGGCAGUGCCAGAAUGAUGGCUCCAGCAGCACAUGCACAGCCUGGUUUAGUAUCUUCUUCAGCAGCUCAGUUCGGGGCUCAUGAGCAGACGCAUGCCAUGUAUGCAUGUCCCAAAUUACCAUACAACAAGGAGACAAGCCCUUCUUUCUACUUUGCCAUUUCCACGGGCUCCCUUGCUCAGCAGUAUGCGCAUCCUAAUGCCACCCUGCAUCCACAUACGCCCCAUCCACAGCCUUCGGCCACUCCCACUGGACAGCAACAAAGCCAGCAUGGUGGAAGUCAUCCUGCACCCAGUCCUGUUCAGCACCAUCAGCACCAGGCCGCCCAAGCUCUUCAUCUGGCCAGUCCACAGCAGCAGUCAGCCAUUUACCACGCGGGGCUGGCACCGACCCCACCUUCCAUGACACCUGCCUCUAAUACACAGUCUCCACAGAGCAGUUUCCCAGCAGCACAACAGACAGUCUUCACCAUCCAUCCUUCUCAUGUUCAGCCGGCAUACACCACCCCUCCCCACAUGGCCCACGUACCUCAGGCUCAUGUACAGUCAGGAAUGGUUCCUUCUCAUCCAACUGCCCAUGCGCCAAUGAUGCUAAUGACGACACAGCCACCCGGCGGUCCCCAGGCCGCCCUCGCUCAAAGUGCACUACAGCCCAUUCCAGUCUCGACAACAGCGCAUUUCCCCUAUAUGACGCACCCUUCAGUACAAGCCCACCACCAACAGCAGUUGUAAGGCUGCCCUGGAGGAACCGAAAGGCCAAAUUCCCUCCUCCCUCCUCCUGCUUCUACCAACUGGAAGCACAGAAAACUAGAACUUGAUUGAUUUUGUUUUUUAAAGAUACACUGAUUUACCAUCCAAUAGGAAUGCUAACAGUUCACUUGCAGUGGAGGAUGUUCUGGACCGAGUAGAGGCAUGUAGGGACUUGUGGCUGUUCAUAAUUCCAUGCGCUGUUGCAGGGUCCCGCAAGUACCCAGCUCUGCUUGCUGAAACUGGAAGUUAUUUAUUUUUUAAUGGCCCUUGAGAGUCAUGAACACAUCAGCUAGCAAAAGAAGUAACAAGAGUGAUUCUUGCUGCUAUUACCGCUUUAAAAAAAAUCAAGACUUGGAACGCCCUUUUACUAAACUUGACACAAGUUCAGUCAAUUCUUACCGCCAAACUGACGGAUUAUUAUUUAUAAAUCAAGUUUGAUGAGGCGAUCACUGUCUGCAGUGGUUCAACUUUUAAGUUAAGGGAAAACUUUUACUUUGUAGAUAAUAUAAAAUAAAAACUAAAAAAAAAAUUAAAAAAUAAAAAAAGUUUUAAAAACUGA